AAUCACGAGAAACCUCCAAGAUGAUAGAUUUCAGCUACUAGUACCACUGCUCCCCACUGCUGCUUCGUAAAAUUCCUAUACAGUGUUUCUGCCUGGUCAACAGCAACUUGGGAUGGCUCCUAACCCAAUGGUGUGAUGGUACCCUUCUAAUAGAAGAAACGAAGGUCUGGCUAGGGGUGUCUCUAGAGGGUAUGGCCAUGGAGUGGCUGAAUGAUUUAAUGUUAAUAUGAAUGGCACUGCAUACUCAGGCUAUUGAUAACGGCAUGCUAGUAUUUCACCGACGAGGUUCGGGGGUGUUCUGGCCAGCCUGGCCCUUCGCCCAAUUGAUCAAGAAGGAACAACCGACUUCGUCCGACUAAAGAAGACUAUCGUCCAAGGGUGCUGCAGUAUUCUGGAACAACCCGGACACAGAAUGCAUCACGCAUGCAUCAAACAUGGCUCCGGCCCUUGCUCAGCUUCGUAUUCACGAGCCUCAGCCUGAUCCAUCAUCAACCCUUUGAUGCCAUUCCCCCUUUCCACUCGCGACAAUCGUGCAACAGCCUGCGGGAACUAAGACCACAUGUUCGAUUCUUGCCGAGUCUUUGUCCCAGACAUUCUACAAGUUCACUAGACGUUUCGAAGCAAGCAGCAUGGUAUUAUACUCCUGUCUUCUCUAAGUACAUUCAUAGCCUGAAGCUUGAAGUUCCGAAAGGGACGCGUAGGUUUGUGAUGUUCGUCGGUUGAAAAUGAUGACUGCUCCGAGCACAGCGGACUUUGAAAAAUAAGGCUAAUGGCAAUAUGACCAAACAAUUCACCAACAAUUCACCAACACUCUCAGCGUCCAACCAGUCC